GCUCUCUCGCUCUCUCUAUCCCUCCCUCUCCCUCCCUGUCAGCCUCGCUCCUUAGUGAUACGUUUACUUUAACACACUGCAGUGAGGGUGACAAGAAACGGGGGGAAAGGAAAAAGAAAUCAGGGAAAACGGGGGGGAAGACGGAGUAGGAUAACACGCUCGACAGUGUCGGAAAGAUGGCAGCCAUCAGGAAGAAGCUUGUAAUCGUGGGGGAUGGAGCUUGUGGAAAAACAUGCCUACUCAUUGUCUUCAGUAAAGACCAGUUCCCUGAGGUCUAUGUUCCCACUGUAUUCGAGAACUACAUCGCUGACAUAGAGGUGGACAGCAAGCAGGUGGAGCUGGCACUGUGGGACACAGCAGGUCAGGAAGACUAUGACCGCUUGCGGCCCCUUUCCUAUCCUGAUACGGAUGUCAUCCUCAUGUGUUUCUCCAUCGACAGUCCUGACAGUUUGGAGAACAUCCCAGAGAAGUGGACUCCGGAGGUGAAGCACUUCUGCCCCAAUGUGCCCAUCAUCCUGGUGGGAAACAAGAAGGACCUGCGCAACGACGACCACACGCGACGGGAGUUGGCCAAGAUGAAGCAGGAACCCGUUAAACCGGAGGAGGGAAGGGACAUGGCCAACCGCAUCAGUGCCUUCGGCUACCUGGAAUGUUCAGCCAAGACCAAGGAUGGGGUUCGGGAGGUGUUCGAGAUGGCCACCAGGGCGGCGCUGCAAGUGCGCAAGCGCAAGAAGAGGGGUGGCUGCCUGCUGUUGUGAGGCAGGGUGGCUGGACGCCAGUCAGCAAUUGUCACCUACCCCCCCAAAAAAAAGCUACCCCUCCCAAAAAAAGCAUUGUUGUACUGAAUCUUACAUUUCACGCCAAAAAAAGUGUGGGAAUGCAUACGCACAUAUGAAAGACUGGGCUUCAUGAUGGGUUAGGAAUUGAUAUUUUUGAAGUUGUUUAUUUUCUGGGUUUUUUGUUCUUGAUUACACUUCCCCCCUCCCACCAUAAUAUCUGCCAAUUUGUACAAUGCAGGAAGGUUAAUAAAUUUGUUGUAUGACUGUGUACACAGACAAGUGGCUCCACCAAUGUCUGUCUUAUGACUUCCCCCGCCCCCUGGUAUGAGUUUCACACAUCGGUGGGUGAUGUACAAACUGAUCUGGCGGUCUUUUAAAGACCACAUUCAGCAUCACAGCAGAAAUGGUAGUAGGGUGAAAAUCUUUUAGACCCAGUGAAUUAUGAGCCUGCAUGGAAUUGACCUAUUUUCAGUGUCAAUGAAAAACCUCCCCUGCCCCUUUCCUUUCUGUCGUCGGCCCUGGGUGUGAUUGCAUCCUCGGCUCGCCGAUACAGCUGGUAACGAGGGAGGAAAAUGGGUUAUUUUCAGAGCACAGUCACAUCCGUGUUCCGUAGUCAAGGAAUGGCAAGGCUGCAGAUCGUCUGCCCAAGUCUGUCGGUGGUGAAACGACGUGAUGUCCUUUGUCUCCAAGACACCCGCUGCACGUUCAGUUUCAGUUGCCGCUGAUGUUGCCAAUCGUUUUAUUUAUUUCUGCCAGACAUGCUCAAAAGACCAUUUAGAAUACAAGAGGAAAACGUUUCCAAAGCUGCACGAGUACAAGGCUGACAGGAACACAAUUAUUAACAGUUCUUUUAAUUUAAACCAUACUGCAGGGGGCUAUUCUGUUUAGAGGAGGACACGCAAUUAUUACAACCCAAAGUUUCAGAACUGUCUGUGGUCCUUCCCAAUGGGUCUGAUCCAAUGGAAGAUUAAUCCUUUGCAAAUGUAAAUGUAUUAGUCAUGUGUCAAACAAGGCCUGACCGCCCAGUUUUCACACAGAUGCCAAAUAAAGGUAUGGUAUGUCAUGUCUUAAGUUGAAAUUUCCAAUAAUUUUCAUGUUUACUUGGGUACACUCAGCGUCUUACUGGCAGAGUUGGAGACAGCCCCCCAGGUGGGAGUACCUCUCCUCUGCUAAAUCCUGCCGCUUUCGCCUGAUUUCCAAAUCUGUCAUUACCAUCUAAAACGCUUAUCUGUGUAUUAAUCACUUUGAAAAGGCACCACUUAAUGGUGAUAAUAAAGUGGGUGGGGAAUUAUUUUUGGACAUUUAAUUAAACAUGCUUUCCAGUAUUUAAUCUUUGUCCUUUUUUCCCCUUUAGAUAUCGUACUUCAUGUACCCAAUAAUCUCAUCAGCAGUCAGUAUGGUGUGCUUAGAUAAAAUGAAACCCAUCAUGUAACUUUGCUUUUUCUUCAAUAAAAGGCCCUCCUGUUUUUGAGGAGCAGAUACA